AUGGGUGAAUACGACUGCAUAGAAGAAUAUAAAGAAGGCCAGCAGGUUGAUGAGGAGAAAUCGAGUCACAACGAAACCUUCAUUUCAGUGGAUGUAACAAGAAAAAAUGGAAGAAGAGUUGAAGGCACUCGUGGGAGAUCACUACAGGAACACGCUACUGCUUUGGCACGAUAUUUAGCGCAACGAAGAAAAGAACAAGAAGGAGACGAACUAACAACACCCAGAGCAGAAAUCGCAAUCCAUACGGUUUCGCCUCACAAAGUUAUACAAGUAUCGAAUCUCCCGCGCCACAGUCAAGUUCAUAUAGAAGAAAAUAAAGAGGAAUCAGAACAGUUGGAGGAAGAAGAACAAGCAAAAAUUUAUGAAGAAAUCGAGGAAGAAAUGCGUGAAAUACCUCAUCCCCUACAUGCUCGUGUCAAUAAAACAAAACAUUUGUCAGAUUUACUACGCUUGCUUCGGGCCUACAAAAACCGAAAACCGCCAAAAAACUCCAAACUUCAAAGACCUUCGCAAGACAAAAAGUUUAUAAAAAUAUUAAAAGUUCCCACGAUAUCCUUUGUUAAGAUGGACGAUUUAGUGCCGUUCCCACAAGGUACGGAAAUGAGGAGCACCGGUUUCGCAACCAUAACACAGCCAAAAGAAAUAAGUGAAGAGAAGGAAUUUGCUCCAUCAACUACUGACACUUUUUCAACGGGAAGGGACAAAAACUACUUUUACACAAAUAGUUUACAAGAUCCACAGAGAAAUAAUUAUAUAGGAAAUAAUCUCCCACCGGUAGAAACAAACAACUACCAAAUUGAAGAGACGGAGACAAAAAAUAAUCUUCCUUAUGGUAUUAGAACUUUCCCAUCUGCACCUUUUCCUUUGACUCCUGUACGUCCUUAUGCCGCGAGACCAAUUUAUCCGUAUUUCCAACAAGAAAAUUUGAUAAAUUUUAAACCAACAACACCAAUUUUUAGAGAUCCAAGAUUUCUUCCAUCGUUAGAAUUGACUGCAACAAGUGUAGAUUCAAGAAACAAAGAACGAGUUGAAAUGCCUUUCAGACAGCCAAGAAUAAGUGAAGGGUACUACCCCGCUGAACCAGAAGUGGGAAAUCCUAUCCAGUACAACAUACGGUAUUACCCUAAAAUAAACUAUUAUGACCAGUACGAAGCACAAUAUCCUUCCAAACCACUUUUCGGAAUGAUGCCCCAGAUACCAUUAAACGAUGCAUACACUUCAACUGGCCAAGAGAAAACACCGUUUGCAGCAUAUCCAGGAGGUUUUUACAGACUCAGGGACCCAAAUGCUUAUCCUCAAAUAGAAGGAUUGAGACAACGAUAUGGCAGCUUGCAAGGGGAAAUAGGUACAGGAGCAGAAACAAUGAUUAGCCCUUUGAAAGAAUCCGGUGUCAAAAAUGAUUACAAUUUUCAAGAGAGAAUAGAAAAUCCGAUGCCUGCAUUCUUCAGCAAAUUGGAAAACCGUGACCAAGCGAAGACACGCAUGAUAUCUAAAAACCCUGAGGAAUACUCAGAAAGUAUCUCACCGUUUAAUACUGAAACACCUCUCCAAGUUCCUCCCAGCACAAAAGGAAAAGACCUAGAUGAAAAGACACUUUUGGAAGCAUCCAUUUAUUCCGACUACUUAAAACGUCAUUUACGGAAUGAGAGGAAGCCAUUCGGCAAGAAGCUUGCAGCACUUCACCAAAACUUACAACUGUCUUAUCCACGAAGUAGACUAAGACAAAUAACUUCACUAGACACCCCUAGAACAUAUGCUAGGAAUGCAGUACCACUUACAGAAUUGUACCACCCCUCAUCAAAAAUAUUUAUGGAAGACACCGAACCAGGAAUUCUCGUACAUAAAGCAGGCAUCCGAGGAUUGCGAGACCUUCAAGUACCCCUUCAACGAAUAAAUAAUAAAAUUACUAUUUUCCAGCAAAAAGCAAACAAAUUAUCUAGUGCACAGCACAAUCGUCUAAGCUAUAAGCGACGAAAAUUAAUAGCUAAAAAUGUCAACAAAAGAGAUUCACGUGAAACUGCUGGUGGUGUAUCACCAAGUGAGGUAAAUAAAAUGCGGUACAAAGCCGAAAAAUUGUACAAUCGUCAACGCCUCUUAAGACCAGCAGUUCAAAUGAGGACCGAAUAUGAAAAUCAAAAAACUCCUUUUCCAAACAUCUACAAAUCUAACCAACGUCUUGAUCUUUCAAAAACUUUGAAAGCACGGUAUCUACAACCUACCAUCUCUACAUUAGAACAGAAAUCUAUAUCAAUUUUUGCAAAAGAGCCAAACGUACGACAAAAGCCUAUAACAAGCAAAGAAAAAAAAGUGCAGCAUUUGCACAGCAAAAAAGUAAAUUCACCUUUACCUGCCUUAGGUGAUAGAAACUUAGGAGGCCAACCUAGAAUAAGCGAAAUGAAAGAAGUUGAGCGAAACCAAAAAGUAGCAACUAACUUCCUACACGAUAACGGAAGGGCUAAAAUCCGCCGCGGUGUCAGCAACACCCCUUAUCUACUGCCGACAAGGCCAACAUAUUUGUACGCCUCAGAUAGCCUACCUAGAAAGGGAGUACAAGCACAAAUAAUGAGCCCAAUAAUGACAUAUGCGCAACAACAAACCCUGUUAAAGCAACCUCUUCAGAAGUCAUAUACGGAAGAAGAAGGGUUGACACAUCCCUCAAAAAUCCAAAUCGCUGCUGAUCAAGAAAGGAUUAAACGGCAAAAAGCAGGAAACAUAACCACUGACAAAGUCUCCGCGGAACUACCUUCUACUCAACAGAUAACAUUUCCACAGUCAGCAAAUCAAGAGUGGACGACUGGCCAAUACGAGAAACGGAGAAACAAACCAUGGAAGGUUCAAAUCGCAGCGCAUUAUGGAGUUCCUCCACAGGUGAAAGUGGAAACUCCAGCUCUUAGAACUGAACAGCGAAAAAAGCCAACAGUUUGGUCAAAUUAUGUAGGCGGUCCAAAAAGUUUUGAAACAGCCGAGUACAUUGGAAAUCUUGCAACUCUUUCAAAACAAGGAGCAGAAACCCUACCUGGGAGCCGAACAACAAACUACUCACCAUACACGUCAUAUUCAACCACUCCAGUGUCAAAUCUUUCAAAGGAAAAAAAAAAUAAUGAAAACAGAUCUCUAUAUCCUGUCAGUCGUGAAGAAGUGCCUGCUAUGCAAAGACUUUAUGAAUUAUAUCGACCAUGGAAUGGCGCAAAUUAUUACCACUACUACGGGGCAGGAGUGCCAUAUACCUACCAAAAUAUUCAAUACACCAAACCAAGUGUAGAAUACCUAGAUCAGAAGGGCAAGCAAAUAGGGAACAUCAAUGCAAGAUUUUUUGGAAGUCCAGUAAGCCAAGUGGCUAUUGACAAAGCUGUUAUGUCAGGUCAAGCAAAAGGGCAGAAAAGAUUGAUUUUUGAUGGCAAUCAAAAAGAAAGCAUUGCUGCUCAAAGGAACUGGCACGAUGUGUCAAAAGUUACUGAUGGUACCGCCGGAGAAAAAGCACAAAACUCAGGAGGAAAAGCUAAUUCUGGAUAUAAUUUCUUCAGGUAUACCCAUAGUACAAAAAGCAACCACAUAUACUCACAACCUCGCAACACCAAAUUAACCGUCAGGAAACAAGAAUUGAGCGCUAGCAUACCACGGCGAGUCGGAUUCGUUCAAAAACCAAGAUAUCGUCAAUACUUUUUACCAGUUUCACCGUUUGAAGCGGCUCAACAUUAUAAUGAGGCAAAAGUUACUGGAAAACGGUUAGUACCAACAAAAAUGCAUUUUACCCCUUCGCAAAACGUCGACAGAACAACAGAAGUAAUAAGAAAUCCUGAUUUUUCUGAUUACGACGCUAUUCGCAAGAAAGUCUUUAACGUAAGAAACCAAAAGACUUUACAGUUAACACCAGCAAGUGAACUUGGAAGUCACUACAAAAGAAAUUUUGAUUCAAAAAUAAAGAGUAAAUUCCUUUCUAACAGUACGCUUAUAGCUGCACAAAAAAUAGCCAAGUUGCUAAGAGUUCUUCCGAAAAAAAUACUGAUUCCUUAUCGAAAAUAUAAAGUAGGAAGUCAUCAAUCAAGAAAGGAGAUGUCUUUUUUUGACAAGACCUCAGAAUCUCCAAGGAACCAGCAAAUAUCAACCUCCCCAGACCUAAUAAUUCAGCAUCUGAAAACAGCUAACGACGUUCUUCCCGGCGAAAGCGACCGAAAAAACAAAAAAGCAGCGAAACUUUGGGGCGGCUCCGUAUACAGAGCUGUUCCGAACCGAACAUUCCUGUCCUAUACAGUACCUCAAAAAGUUCCGAAGGCUCGUAUGAUUGAAAGGUUCAAAAAGUUGUGGUCAGUGGAAUACGGAAUUAAUUCCGCUGAUGAUAACGCUCAAAUACCACUCAGGCGAAGAAUUCUAAACAGAAGUUUCUUUCAAAAACCGGUUCAAAAAAUUUUUUGUGGGUUGAAUAACGGUAGUGCCGCCAGUAAAAUUUAUUUUAGCAAUGACAGUAGCCAGGAUAAGCAGUCUGCUUUUGACUCUAAAAUCAGUGACCUGCGGAGAACAAGGAAAACGAUGAUGCCAACCGUAGGUAUCAAGAAAGGUCAGGAAAAGCAACAAGCUUCUGCAAACACGGCAUUUCAUCGGAACCUGAAAAACAUGAGACGUCGUUUUUUUCGUUGGAAUUUACAUGAGGCAAGAGAGUCUCCGUUCUAUUUGGGAAAUAUAAACAAAGUAAGACUAAAAGAGAAAGCUGCAGAAAAAGCUGCUGGAACUUACGUUCAAAAAGCUAUAUUAAGGAAUGGACCGCUCAUCACACAGGCGCCUUUCCGGUAUAGCAGACUAUCUCAGACUCAAACUGUGGAAAAAGCCAAACUUUUAAAAAAUAAGGUAAAUCAGAGAAAGAAAAUUCACGUUUGGAAAAAGAAAAGAAAUAAAAAAAUUAGUAGUAUACGCAGAAUAAGAGAAAAGGAAACAUUACGUACUUUCAUGGCUAGAAAUACAAAUUUAGAACAUCCGGUAAGAGAUUUAGCAAAUCGACGACGAGUGCAAAGUUUUGGCGCUAUCAAAAUACUGAAAAAUUUAAGAAUGGGUUUACCGACGGGUUAUUACAGUACACGCCAAGGAUUAACAGGAAUGAAUUUAUUCUCCCUGUCAAAGAGAAGAAAAGAAAAAUCCAAUCUUCACAUUAAAAAGAAUCAGCAUGCCUACUCAUCUGUAUAUCAGAGUUCUUCAACAGGAUACCUUCGCAGAAGAUCGGCCCAAGAUCAAAGCGUAGCAAGACAAAACUAUUAUCAUGUCACUCGCUCGAACAAAUUUAAGAUGAAAUCUUCAGAACAACAGAUGCAACGUUCUAGACUUCUAUCAUCAAAUACAUUUGGGAAAAGUGAAGGAGAGAAAACGUUCAAGAAGAACUUCAGGCAAGCAGAAAUGCGAAAAGAUUAUCAAAGCUUGAAGAAAUUAUUAAGUACCUAUACAGACGUAUCAAAUGAAUUUCUGGAUGACGACAGCCUGAAUACCCUUGCAAGCGCUGCUUUGGAGAAGUAUAGCGACGCUAAAAUUUCAAAAAGACGAGCGGAAAGAAAGUUGUCAAUUUACACUAGAAAGAAAGCAGAAUUUUGGAAUGUGACGAAAGAGAGCGAGUUGUCGAAAAAAGAAGUCAUUUCACAAUUAGAAAAAGAUUUUCAACUAAUAUCAAAAGCAGUUUUACAGAGAGGGGUUAGUUCCAGAAAAUCAUUACAAAAGACUAUGAGAAAAGCGACUGAGAGGCAGAUAAGAGACAACAUAAGAAAGCAGACAAUGAAGAAAGAGGCAGAGAAGCAGGUAGUGAAGAAAAAGAUAAAGAAAUGGAAGAUGAAGAAUACCGAGAAGCGACUUUUUAGAACUCAAGUGCAACAAAAACAACUGCAUAUGCAAGAAAACGCCUUCAAAAAAAAUAUCGCUCGUAUAGCUUUAGAGCAGCUAUCAAAAAGAAAUACAUGGCAGAGCACUGUAGAAAACAGGCGUGAAAAUAAAGCUAGAAGAACUUCAACAAGAAAAAUGGAGAUGAUGAGAAGAUACAUUGAACACCAAAGGACAAGUAAGGAGGUAAAGGGGCAGAUUAUGAGAAACAAGGUAGAGAAGUGGAUGAUAAAAAAGAAAUCAGGAGCACUUAUUACGAAGAAGGUGAUGAAGCAGAUAAUAGAGAAGGUGGAGCAGCAGCUAGUAAGGAAAGAAGUGGAAGAACAACUGAUGAAAAAAAGUACGGAGAGGAGUACGAUGAAGAACAAGAUCGGUAAGCAGGUGAUGAAAAAGGAAAUAAAGGAACGGAAAAUAACAACAAAGAUGCAGAUGCGAGCGACGAGAGUAAAAAUGGAGAGGCAGUUAGCGCAGAAAAAUACUCAAAAGGAGAUUAUAAAGGAGAAAACAAAGGAACUGAGGAUCUCAAAGGCGGAGCAGCGAAUGAUUAGCAAAGCAAUCAAAAAGCAGAUUAUGAAAAAGAAGACGGUUGAACAGAUGACAUUGAGAAAGAUGGAGGAAGAGACAGUCAGAAAAAGAACAGAAGACCAGAUAGCAAAUAAAAAUAUAAGAGCGACAAUGAGAAAUAUGGCGCAGCAGAUGAACAGGAGAAAGAUAGAAAAGCAGAUAAAGAGAAAAAUAGAAGAGCAGCUGAUGAAGAAGGAAAAGGAAGAGCGAUUGAUGAGGAAUUUGUGGGGAAGAGCGAUAAAAAGAACAAUAGAGAGGCGGAUAAUAAAGAAAGUAAAGGAGGAGAUGAAGAUCAAGAAAAAGACAGAGAAGCAGCUAACGAAGAGGGGUAGAGAGGAGCAAAUAACUAGAAAGGAGAUGAAAGAGCAAGUGACUCAGAAAAAGAUGGGACAACAAAUAUUAAAGCUUAGAAUGGACAAGCAAAUGACGAAAAGAAAAUCAGAAGAGCAAUGGAUACGGAAGAAAACUGAAGAGCGAGUGAAGAGGAGAUUAGAAGCAAAAAAAAUAAAGAAAAAGGAGAAGAUAUUGGAGAAGAAAUUUGAAAAGCAGCUGACGAGGAGAAAAAUCGAAGAGCUGAUAACGGGGAACAAGGGUCAGAUAAUCAGGGAUAGAGUGGAAGAACAAAUAUUGAAAAAAAAGACGCAAGAGCAAACGACGAGGAACUUGAGAAAGCAGGUAAUGUGGUGGAAGGUGGAGAAUCAGAUAAUAAAAGGAAAGGUUGGAAAGCAACUGAAGAGAAAAACAGUGGAAAAGGAAGUGAUGAGAGGGGAGAUGGAGAAAGAAGCAAUAAAAAAUAAGAAGGAGAGCACAUUCAGGAAGUACAUAGAAGAACAGAUGAUAAACGGAGAAGUGAAGGAGCGAUUGUUGAGAAGGAGAAUGGAGAAACAAAUAGUAAGAAAGACGAUGCACAAGAUAAAUAGAAAAAACAAGAAGAUGCAAAGAAUAAAGUCAAAAUUGAAGGAGGAGAUAAUAAAAAGAAAGGUGGAAGAGCAAAUGGUAAGAAAGAAAUUGGAGAAGCGGGUGGUAAUGAAUAUGAAGGAAAAGAUGGUCAGAAGAGAAAUGGAAAAGCGUAUACUGAAAUGGAAGGUGAUGGAGCAGAUAAUAAUAAAAGAAAUUAGAGAGCAAUUAAUGAGAAAAAAGGAAGAAGAGGAAGUGAUUAGAAGAAGAAUACUAGAGCUAAUAACAAGAAACAGGAUGGAAGAGAAGAUACUGAGAAGGAAGAUGGAAGAGCAAAUACUGAAGAAGAAGGUAGAAGAGCAAGUAAUAUGGAAGAAGGUGGUAGAGCAGAUGAUGAGAAAUAGGAGAGAAGAACAAAUGAUGAGAAAGAAGAUUGAGAGGCAAGUGCUAACGACGAUGGGGGAAGAGACGAUCAGAAGAGAGAUGGAAAGGCGUGUAUUAAAAUGGAAGAUUAAGGAGCAAGUGAUAAGGAACGAAAUAAGAGAGCAAUUAAUGAGAAAGAAGGAGGAAGAGGAAAUGGUCAGAAGAAGAAUAAUGGAGUUGAUAAUGAGAAAGAGGAAGGAGGAGCAAAUAUUCAUAAAGAAUAUGGAAGAGCAGAUAAAGAAGAAGAAAUUGGAAGAGCAAGUAAUACGGAAGAGGAUGUUAGAGCAGAUAAUGAAAAGUAAGUUUGUUGAACAGGUAAUGAGAAAGAAGAUGGAAAAGUGGAUGUUGACGGAGACAGAAGAAGAGAUGAUCAGAAAGAAAUUGAAUACGCGUACAUUGAAAUGGAAGAUGAAAGAACAUUUAAUGAAGAAAAAAAUAGAAGGGCAAUUAAUGAAUAGAAAGAAGAAAGAAGAAGAAAUGAUUAGGAGAAUGGAG